CAUUGUUAUCUAUCUCAUCAAUACACUCAAAACAUUCAUAUCAACCAGUGAGAAACCCAAAACACUCAAAACAAAGAUUUAGUGUUUCAAUCAGAAGAGAAAAGAAAUCGAUCACCAUGAGUAAUACCUCAAGAACAAGCAAGGCUAUUGUUGCCACAACUGUCGGAGUUGUGGAAGCAUUGAAGGAUCAAGGAAUCUGCAGAUGGAACUCCACCAUUAGAUCCAUGCACCAACAAGCCAAGACCCAGUUCAGGUCCUUUUCUCAGGCCAACACCAAGCUAUCUGCUUCUUCAACCUCGGCUUUGAGCAGAGUCCGAGAUGAAAAGGUCAAGAAGUCAGAGGAGUCUUUGAGAACAGUCAUGUUCUUGAGCUGCUGGGGUCCCAACUAGGAGUCCAACCAAGAACAGGAUUACAUAUUUAUGGAAGCCAUUGCUGGUUACAUAGAGCUUGGGCUGAACAAGAAUGAAACUUUUCGAUCCAUCACCAUGGCUGUAAUUAGAUGGAAGGAAAUUGUCUCUUGUCUCUGCAACAGGAGCAAAUUGAUGUAGAGCUUUGUUAUAACUAUUGACUAUUUUUAUAAAGCUUUUACAUGUCUGAGAA